UCUGUAUAUCUAUAUAUAUAUUGGGAUUGAAUAGAGGGAGAGAAAGAGAGAAUGGAUUUCCAGAGCAUUAUAAUAGCAGUACUGUUUGCCUGGACUUUGGUCCAAGGCCUGUGUUUACUAGCAAAAAUAAGUAGUAGUAAGAGUGUCGGCAAAAGGCUUCCACCAGGGCCAGUUCCGUUGCCGGUCAUCGGAAACCUUCACUUUCUGGGAGAGCAACCCCACAAAUCCCUAGCCCGGCUAGCCCAAAAAUAUGGUCCUGUUAUGAAUCUAAAACUGGGCAUGCUAAACACAGUGGUCAUUUCCUCAUCCGCCAUGGCCCAACAAGCUCUGCAGAAGCAAGACUUAGCCUUCUCUACCCACCGCUCAAUCCCUAAUGCUCUGCUAGCCAACAACCAUUCCCAAUUCUCUGUUACUUUACUCCCUGUUGCCUCCAAGUGGAGAGCCCUUCGUAAGAUCAUGAAUUCCAACAUCUUUUCCGGCAACAGGCUCAACACCAACCAGCAGCUGAGAGCUAAAAAGAUCCAGGAGCUUAUUAUCUACUGCCAAAAGAGCAGCCAGGUAGGGGAAGCGGUGGAUAUUGGGCGUGCAAUUUUCAGGACUACCCUCAAUUUGCUGUCCAACACCAUUUUCUCUAAAGAUUUAACCGACCCUUAUUCGGAUUCCGGUAAAGAGUUCAAGGAUUUGGUGUGGAAUAUGAUGGUGGAAGCUGGAAAGCCCAACCUGGUUGACUACUUUCCCUUUCUUGAAAAGUUUGAUCCCCAGGGUAUCCGGCGUCGCCUGACAGGCCAUUUCACUAAGGCACUCGACCUUUUUCAAGAUUUGAUUGAUGAACGGCUGGAGGAGAGGAAGGUGAAAGGAAACAAAAAUGAUGAUGCAUUAGAUUCACUUCUCAAUGUCAGCCAAGAAAGGCCUGAGGAGAUUGAUAGGACUCACAUUCAGCACAUGUUGUUGGAUUUAUUUGCUGCGGGGACUGAUACAUCAUCGAGCACAAUAGAGUGGGCAAUGGCGGAACUUCUUACGAACCCGGAGAUCAUGGCAAAAGCACAAGCAGAGCUUGCAGAUGUUAUUGGUAAAGGCAAGCCAAUACAUGAAGCUGACGUUACUCGUCUGCCUUACUUGCAAUGCAUCCUGAAAGAAACCUUUAGAAUGCACCCACCGGUUCCGUUCUUGAUUCCGCGUAAAGUUGAACACGAAGUCAACCUAUGUGGAUACACUAUUCCAAAGGACUCGCAGAUUCUAGUUAAUGUGUGGGCAAUUGGGCGUGACCCCAACAUUUGGGAGAAGCCAUUGGUUUUCAAACCUGAGAGAUUUCAAAAUUUAGAAAUGGACUUUAGGGGACAAGAUUUUGAGCUCAUUCCAUUCGGUGGAGGCAGAAGAAUUUGUCCCGGAUUGCCACUGGCAAUGAAAACAGUCCCUGUAAUGUUGGGGUCGUUGUUGAACUCAUUCCAAUGGAAGCUUGAUGGCAACAUUGCACCCAAAGAUUUGGACAUGAAGGAGAAGUUUGGCAUUACAAUUGCUAAAGAUUGUCCUCUUAAGGCCAUCCCUAUUCCCAUUUAACAUAGUGCCACUCUAGUUUGUGUUACGUACGUUCUGCAGCAGUAGUACGUAUGUUCAAUAAAAGAUAUAUGUAUUGCUCUAUUUUAUUAGCUUAAAAUAUAUUGUCAAAAGUUGUAUGAUAUAUUGAUAUGAUUUAGCAAUGUCAGUUUGUCAACCAACUUGGUAGUGAAAUAACUACAACCUUUCUUUUGAAGUUCUAUGAUUGAA